AUGGUGGUGGUGCUGCGUUUGUGGCUCAAACUUUCGAAACCCUAUUUAGGUUUAACAACGCAGAUUGGAAACCGCUGGUUCAGUUCGUGUCAAGCCUUGACCUUGUCUCACAUUCGUCGUUAUCACCUCAGAAAGAUCAUCACUUUGCUUGAGCGAGACGUAACCGGGGGACGCAAAUGGACACAACAGAAUCCAAUCCCAGGACAAUACAAAACACAGUUUCCUUUGAGUGUUUCUCAACAUGAUGCUAUUGAGUCAUUCGAUUCGUUAUGCAAUCAAAGGAAUACGAGAGAAGCUGUGGAGGUUUUAGAUUACUUGGAGAACAAGGGUUAUGCUAUGGAUUUGAACAGGCUUUUAAGGUUAGCGAAACUAUGUAGUGAAUCAGAAGCUUUGGAAGAAGCAAAGGUUGUUCAUGAGUAUGUAUUUGCUCUGGUUUCUUCUUCUGAUGUUAGCUCUCGUAAUGCGAUAAUCGAGAUGUAUUCUGGUUGCGGAUCUCUUGAUGAUGCGCGGAAGGUGUUUGAUGAAAUGCUUGUGAUGAGCUCGGAGACUUGGUAUGUUAUGAUGAGGUGUUUUGCUAACAAUGGAUCUGUUGAUGAUGCGUUGAAGUGUUUGAUGAAAUGUCUGAGAAGAAUAUAG